AUGGCCUACAUCAGCAACAUCACCAUUGGAACACCCCCUCAACAGUUCCAGGUCAUCUUUGACACCAGCUCAUCUGACUUGUGAGUGCUCUCUGUCUACUGCCAAAGUUCCAGCUGCUCUACGAAUAGCAAAUUCAACCCUAGUCAGUCCAGCACCUUCCAGGACAUGAGGAAGACAAUCAACCUCAGCUUUGGCUCUGGGAGAAUGAGUGGCUAUCUUGGCUCUGACAUUGUGUGGGUCAGGGACCUUGUUACCGUGUGGCAAGCAUUUGGCCUGAGCACGAAUCUGUCCAGUGAGGCCAUGGAAUAUGGGCCUUAUGACGGCAUCCUGGGCUUGGCCUACCCCAGCCUUCCCAUUGAUAGGACCAGCCCUGUCUUCGACAACCUGAAUAACCGAAGAGUCAUUUCUCAGCGUGUCUUUGCCUUCUACUUGAGCAGCCAGCCAGAUAUCGCCAGCGUGGUAAUAUUUAGUGGAGUCAACAAUUCCUACUUCCACGGAGAUCUUAAGUGGAUACCAGUGAUUCAACCACGCUACUGGCAGAUAAUGAUGGAUCGGCCCCUGGGUCUGCUCACGCUCCCCUGGCAGGGGCCUCAGUGUCUGAGCCGGGCCAUUGUGGAUACUGGGAGCUCAUUGCUGACUGGCCCAACUGAUGUGGUCAGCAGCAUUCAGAGGCGCAUCAACCCCAGUCCCAUUGGGGAUAGCGAGCAAAUGAUGUCAUGUAAUGGUGCCACGAACCUGCCUCCUGUUAUCUUCACCAUCCAUGGCACUGACUUCCCAGUGUCCCCUAAAUACCACAUCCAGAAGAUUCCCAAGAGCCUCUGCUUUAGCAGCUUUCAAGGGGGCACAGAGAACAUGGUCCCCUUGGAGACCUGGAUCCUGGGUGACAUCUUCCUGAGAGCAUAUUUCUCCGUUUUUGAUCGGAGUAAAAACAGGAUUGACCUGGCUCCCGCAGCAUAA